AUGACUGACCGCAAACGGCGGGCAAGAGACCCCCUGUCCCGUGUCACCCUACAGCACAAGCGCCCAGGGAAAGGCCAGCAUCAGCCCAGCCCCGAAAGGAGCACGGUCCCGUCUGAGAGUGAUGAGUUCAGCUCCUUCCUCUACUGGCGAGCCCCCCUGCCCAGCAUUGAGGACGAGCUGCAGGAGCUGCUGAAAGAUCAAGCCAUUUCCGUUAGCCCGGAGACCACUGAGGAGCACCAGAGUUCUGAGGAUGGGGCCAGUGCUGAGGAAGAGGAGGAUGAAGAGGAGAGUGACAACGAGGGUUGGAUAACACCCAGCAACCUCAAGCAGGCCCAGCAGGACACAGGGCACUGUGACACUGCUCCCAUCGGUGUCCAGGUCGGCUGCGUCACCACUGACUUUGCCAUGCAGAACGUGCUGCUGCAGAUGGGCCUCCACGUGCUGGCGGUGAACGGCAUGCUGAUCCACCAGGCCAGGAGCUACAUCCUCCGCUGCCACGGCUGCUUCAAGACCACGUCAGACAUGACCAAGGUUUUCUGUCCCCACUGUGGCAACAAGACCCUGAAGAAGGUCGCAGUGAGCGUCAGCGAUGACGGGAGCCUCCACAUGCAUUUCUCCCGCAACCCCAAGGUCCUGAACCCCCGAGGGCUCAGGUACCCGCUGCCAGCCCCGAAAGGAGGGAAGCACGCGAACAACCCUCACCUGGUGGAAGACCAGCCCUUCCCUCAGCAGCGACUGUCCCGCAAGGCCAGGCAGAAGACCAACGUCUUCGACCCCGACUACAUCGCCGGGGUCUCCCCCUUUGCGGAAAACGACGUCUACAGCCGCGCAGCCAAUCUGCAAAUUCGGGAUGCGGCCCUGGGCGCUGGCAGGAGGCGCCUGAACCCCAACGCCGUGACAAAGAAGUUUGUGAAGAGGAGGUGA